AAUUAAUGUCGACAGAACAUAAUUAGCGUGAUAACAGAUCCCACAAGUGUCACCGAGUACCAUCAAAUCCAUGCCUGACACACAUUCGUUGAUGACAUUUUACAGUUAUCUCCAGGGACACGAUAGGGUACGGUAAGAUACGAUAAAACACGAUUGGAUACGAUUGGGCACGUGGAGUUGCAUGGAACAAUUUUAACUUACGUGAACAUAUUUAUGGAUUUUACUGCAUAUUUAAAUUGAAUACCAACUUAUAAAAAUGACUUACAAACUUAUGAUUAAUUCGAAAAAUCCUCCGACAGAUGCAUUAAUAGUAGCAGAAGUAAUUAAAUCUCAAAAUAAAGAAAAAAUUGAGGUAGUCUGGUGCAACGAUUGGAAAAGUGAUGGAAAUGUUCGAUUAAUGGAUAGCCAGGGUAAAGUACUGGGUGAAAGAAGUAACGAUGUUGGUCGUUACUUUGCUAGAACUACCCAUACAGAUCUUUAUGGUGGUAUCAAUCCUCGUGAAAGAACUGAAGUUGAUCAUUGGUUGUCCUUUGCAAUUGGAUGUUCUGAGUCUCUUUCUUUAAAAGAGAAUGCAUUGCAAUAUUUGGAUAAUGCAUUGAUGACAACCACUUGGUUGGUCUCCAAAAAAUUAACAUUAGCUGAUAUUCAUGUAUUUUGUAUUCUUUUAAACAAACAGUUUUUGGCAAAGUUUGAAAAGCAAUUUGCCAACAUAACUAGAUGGUAUAAACAGAUCCUUUCAUUGUCUGUUGUUGAAGAGGUUUUGUCUUCGAUUAAAAAGAAUGCUAUAAUGUCUGCUCCAAGUGAUGUGAAGUCUGAAAAAACUAAUGGUAAGCAGGGACAAACUGGACAAAGAAAACAAGAAGGAAAAUUCAUUGAUUUACCUGGAGCAGAAAUGGGUAAAGUUGUAGUACGUUUUCCUCCUGAAGCAAGUGGGUAUCUCCAUAUUGGUCAUGCCAAGGCUGCUUUGUUAAAUCAGUAUUAUGCAGAAGCAUUUAAAGGGCAACUUAUUAUGAGAUUCGAUGAUACAAAUCCUGCAAAAGAGAAUGUAGAAUUUGAGAAAGCUAUUCUAGAAGACUUAGAAUUACUGCAAAUUAAGCCAGAUCGAUUUACACAUUCGUCUGAUUACUUUGAUUUAAUGCUGCAGUACUGUACUAAAUUAAUAAAAGAGGGAAUGGCAUAUGUUGACGAUACUAAUCCUCAAUUAAUGAAGGAACAACGCGAUCAAAAAUUAAUGUCGUCAAAUAGAAAUAAUUCUAUUGAGAAAAAUCUUGAGAAAUGGAACGAAAUGCAGCAGGGUACGCCUAAAGGUCAAGAAUGUUGCGUUAGAGCAAAAAUUGACUACGAAUCGGCAAACGGAUGUUUACGAGAUCCAACAAUUUAUCGAUGUAAACCAGAACCGCAUCCUCGAACGGGAACAAAAUACAAGGUGUAUCCAACAUAUGACUUUGCUUGUCCUAUUGUUGAUGCUAUCGAAAAUGUUACGCAUACAUUACGUACAACAGAAUAUCACGACAGAGAUGCUCAAUUCUAUUGGUUUGUCGAUGCCCUGGGAUUGAGGCGCCCAUAUAUAUGGGAAUACUCACGCUUGAACAUGACUAACACAGUUUUGUCUAAAAGAAAAUUAACUUGGUUCGUUGAUAGCGGCUUAGUCGAUGGGUGGGACGAUCCACGUUUCCCAACAGUGAGAGGUAUUUUGAGGAGAGGAAUGACUGUUGAGGGAUUAAAGCAAUUUAUUAUUGCGCAAGGUAGUUCGCGAUCUGUCGUUUUUAUGGAGUGGGAUAAAAUAUGGGCAUUUAAUAAAAAAGUGAUCGAUCCCAUUGCGACUAGGUAUACCGCUAUGGAUUAUGAUAAACUCGUACCGGUACACAUAGACAAUGUGAAGGAAGACUGGUUAACUGUACAAAAUCAUCCAAAAGAUCCAUCAAAAGGUACUAAACAAGUGUUAACAAGUUCACUGUUGUACAUAGAAAGAGAUGAUGCAGAUAUGCUAGUCGAAAAUCAAAACACAACUUUCAUUAAUUGGGGCAACAUAUUAAUAAAUAAAAUUGAAAAAGAAAAUGGCGUUGUUAAGAAAAUAUUAGCGCAAUUAAAUUUAGAGAACAAGGAUUACAAAAAUACAUUGAAAAUUACAUGGUUAGCGAUAUCUUCCGAUGAGACUGCUGAUGUUAAAAAAGUUAAUUCGGUUCCAUGUUAUGCUGUUUACUUUGAUCAUAUUAUAAGUAAACCAGUUUUGGGAAAGGAUGACGACUUCAAAAAUUUUGUUGCAAAAGAUACAAGAAGGGAGGUGCAAAUGCUUGGAGAAGAGGAAUUGAAACGCGUAAAGAAGGGAGAAAUAAUUCAAUUACAAAGAAAAGGAUUCUUUCGAUGCGAUGUCCCUUACGCGGCAGCUAGUCCGUUUUCUUCCAGAGAACAACCCUUAGUUCUAUUUCAUAUACCGGAUGGACAUACUCCUAAUGCUGUAAAAACUGCAUCUAUUACUGUACCAACAACUUCCACAAAAGAAUCCUCUCAAAAAAAUGGCGCAACACAAGACGCGAAUGUAAUCAAUGAAAGUAUUGUUGCCCAAGGUGAGAAAGUUCGUAAUCUAAAAUCCCAAAAAGCAGAUAAAGCUGCAAUUGAUACAGAAGUAAAAAUCCUUCUAAGUUUAAAGGCUGAUUAUAAAAAAUGUACUGGAAAAGAAUGGACACUAAGAAUGACUCCAAAUAAAUCAUUGCAAACGACACCUGUUAACUCUGAUAAAAACAAAUUAUUCAAAGACAUUAUACAGCAAGAAAAUGAAAUUAAAGAAUUACAGCUAAAGAUAAACCAGGAAAUGCAACGUCUUUCAAAAUUAAAGACCGAGUAUAAAAAUAAAACGGGUACUGAUUGGGCAGAAAUAGAAAAGAAAAGUGUAUCUACAGAAUCGAGUGUUAACAAAUUACUUAAUGAAAUUCAAAAACAAGGUGAUAGAGUAAGACAAUUAAAAUCCUCAAAAGCAGAGAAAAGUAUCGUCGAUGAUGAAGUAAAGAAACUUCUUGCUCUGAAGUCAGAUUACAAAUCUAUGACUGGUCAAGACUGGAAUCCAUCUAGCGCUACUAUGUUAACAACAUGCGAUAAAGUAACAGCUGUUACAACAAAUAAAACAUCAAUUGAUGGCGAACAAAUAUCUAAGGAAAUAGAAAAACAAGGGGACAAAGUAAGGCAAUUGAAAGCGUCGAAAGCACAAAAAGAUAUAAUUGAUCAAGAAGUAAAGUUACUUUUAAAAUUGAAGGCUGAUUACAAAGCUGCAACUGGCGAAGCGUGGAAGCCGUGUGCUACUCCGCCAACUAAUGCGAAAAAUAAGGAAGAAAAUAAUAUUGAUCAACUCUCUGAUAACAUACAGAGUCAGGGAAAUAAAGUAAGACAACUGAAAGAUUCUAAAUCAGACAAAAGUCUUAUUGAUCAAGAGGUAAAAAUUCUUUUAGAUCUGAAAAAUAAUUAUAAACAGUUAACUGGACAAGAAUGGAAACCACAAAAGUCUGAUGUGUCAUCUAAGAAGAAGAAAAAGGAAGAUACUUCUAAAACUGAAAAACAGAAGAAUGUUUUAAACAAAGAAAUAGUUAAAGCUGAAGGUAUGAAAGAUCCGGAUGCUGGAAAAACUGGAACAAGAUUAGGAAUGGAAGUAAAGAAAGAAGAAAAUUUCUUUGAGUGGUAUUCUCAAAUUAUUACUAAAAGCGGUAUGAUCGAGUACUACGAUGUAUCAGGCUGUUACAUUCUUCGUCCGUGGAGUUUUACCAUUUGGAAAGUAAUAAAGGGAUUUAUCGAUACGGAAAUAGAGAAAUUAGGCGUCCAAGAAUGCUACUUUCCUAUUUUCGUUACACGAACAGUAUUAGAGAAAGAAAAAGCACAUAUAGCAGAUUUUGCACCUGAAGUUGCGUGGGUCACGAAAUGUGGAGAAUCAGAUUUAGCAGAGCCUAUUGCUAUAAGACCAACAUCAGAAACUGUAAUGUAUCCAGCUUAUGCCAAAUGGUUAAGGUCUGAUACCGAGCUACCCCUAAAACUUAAUCAGUGGAACAAUGUAGUGAGAUGGGAAUUCAAAGACCCUAAACCUUUCUUACGUACGAGAGAAUUUUUAUGGCAGGAAGGACAUACAGCUUUUGCCACUAAAGCUGAGGCGGAUGAAGAAGUUAUGAUUAUUUUAAAUAUGUACGCGCAAGUGUACGAAGACCUAUUAGCAGUUCCUGUUGUUAAAGGCCGUAAAACUGAAAAAGAGAAGUUUGCCGGUGGUGACUAUACUACGACCAUAGAAGCUUUUAUCUCAACGAGCGGUCGCGCGAUACAGGGAGCAACGAGUCACCACCUCGGACAAAAUUUCUCUAAAAUGUUUAAUAUCCAAAUAGAAGGCGCUACAGAUGGAGAUGAGAAAACAUUUGUUUAUCAAAAUUCAUGGGGAUUAACGACUCGAACGAUUGGAGUCAUGAUAAUGAUUCAUGGAGAUGAUAAAGGUUUAGUAUUACCACCAAAAGUAGCUUGUAUUCAAGCUGUCAUAAUACCCUGUGGAAUCACGGCAAAUACAACACCUCAACAAAGAGAAUUAUUAUUUAACGAAUGUAACAAAUUACUAGAUGAACUAUCAAAAGAUAAGACGCUCAGAGUAAAAGCUGAUUAUCGUAACAAUCGUACCCCUGGUUGGAAAUUUAAUCACUGGGAAUUGAAAGGUGUACCUGUAAGAAUCGAAUUAGGUCCAAAGGACCUGGAAAAGAAUCAAGUUACAUUUGUACGCAGAGAUACUUCGGAAAGAGUAGUUGCAAAUAGAUUGAAAGUGCUUACCGCAUUACAUGAAUUAUUGACUGAUAUCCAAUCAACCCUACUGGCUAAAGCAAGAAAAGAUUUAAACGAUCAUAUCAAACGCGUAGAUACUUGGAUUGACUUUUGUUCUGAACUUAAUAAAAAGAACAUAUUGUUAUCGCCGUUUUGUGGAGAAAUGUCUUGUGAAGAUAAUAUUAAAGCUGACAGUGCACGGGAUGAUAUAGGAGAGGAACCUGGAACACUAUCAAUGGGUGCAAAAAGUCUUUGCAUACCAUUUCAACAACCAUCCUCAUCAAUACCUCUUGAUAAACAAAAAUGCAUCCAUCCCAGCUGCCAGAACAAACCGAAAUUUUAUACUCUUUUUGGUCGUAGCUACUAAAAUCGUUUUACGACAAGACUUCGAAAUAAUUAACGCAAUAAAAAUUACUUCGAAGUGCCACGUUUGUAGUAUAUAAUUUCAGUGAAACAUUUCCUAUAUUUUUUAACCUAAAAUUAAUGGUAUAUAAAGUUUGUUUUAGUUUUGUUUUUUGAGGUUAUGUAUUUAUUUGUAUUUUUUCAACGCUGAUCGAAUAAGAAUAUGUUCCUUUAUAAAAAUUUACAUUAAAAGUGGUAGUGUUUCUUUUAAUUCGUUGUAAAAUAUUUAGACAAAUUUCAGCACUACACUGCCUAACUUAACACGUCAUAUAAGAAUCUUAAAACUACUUUAAACAUCUACACUUAUAUUUAUUUUUUAUCUUAAAUAAAUAUGUAAACGUUUAAUUAAAAAAUGUACACCAUAUUUAAAAUAUUAAGAAUUAAUAUUUAUAUUAUGUUUCAAUACUAUUAAUUACAUUAGAAAUAUAAAGGAGAAUUUUAUAAAUUA